AUGGUCGCGACCUGCCUACAUGGGUUCCCUUCUUUAGUGUCAACAUUUGCCGACACUUCGAGAGAAAAAAGAUCGCCAGUUAAUAGAUUCCCUGACGAGUUCGAAUUUGGCGUGGCAACAGCGGCCUAUCAGAUUGAAGGUGCUUGGAAUGUAGACGGUAAGGGAUGGUCAAUGUGGGAUCAUUUAGUGCAUACUAAACCUAAAUCAAUAAUUGAUGGGACCAAUGGAGACAUCGCAGCGAAUUCCUACUACUUCUAUAAAAGAGACGUUCAGAUGCUCAAAGAAUUGGGAGUCAACAACUACAGAUUUUCAAUAUCAUGGCCGCGGAUCAUGCCUUUUGGCCGGCCAGAUUAUAUAAAUCCUCUAGGAAUAGAAUAUUAUAAUAAUCUUAUUGAUGAAUUGUUAGCGAACGAUAUUACACCCUUUGUAACAAUGUACCACUGGGAUUUGCCGCAAAGUCUCCAGGAACGAGGAGGAUGGCUAAAUGAAGAAAUUGUGGAUUGGUUCGGAGAUUACGUUAGAGUCCUGUACGAGAACUUUGGAGACAGAGUUAAGCAUUGGUUGACUCUCAAUGAACCUUUUAUCCAUUGUUACUUUGGACAUGGUCUUGGUUUACACGCCCCUAUGCUGUACUCUCCAGGAGAAGGCUAUUACGAAUGUGGGCGACAUUAUUUAUUAGCAAAUGCACGAGCCUAUCACAUUUAUGACGAUGAAUUUAGAGCGUCUCAAGGUGGCCUGGUCGGCUUUGUUAUCAGUAUGGAAUGGGGAAUGCCAGCAACGAAUUCAACUGAAGAUAUUGAGGCUGCACGCGAUUAUGCGGCUUUCCACAUCGCUCAUUACAUGCAUCCCAUAUUUUCUGAGGAAGGGAACUACCCACAAAUAAUGAUAGAUAGAAUCGCAGCAGCAAGCGUUCGGCAAGGACUGAACGUUUCUCGACUGCGUCCUUUUUCUAAUGAACAAAUAAAGUAUUUAAAAGGAUCAGCCGACUUCCUUGGCCUUAAUCAUUACCAUAGCUCAUAUGUUUAUAGAAACCCUUCUGUGGAAGGGUUAUACCUUGUACCCUCAAUUGGUGAUGAUUUGGCAGUUGGCACCUUCAUGGACCCAUCUUGGCCACAUUUUGAAAUGACAUUU